AGUUGACGCACACUCGGUGUCGCUGAGGAUAGCGCUGCUGCUUUUUGCUCAGCUUCUGCUCCCCUCUUCCCUCAGGAGACAUCACCUGGCGGGACUCGCGCAGCGUUCGGCGGCCAGAGCAAAAGCAGAAGAGUGGAACAUGGAGAGUCUAAAUGGAGAAGAUAAUUCAGAUGGUUGUUCUUCUGCCUCUGCACCCUGGAAGUUCAGUUUGUCCUACCCUCUGGUUGGAUGACAGUCUGGUCGGUUAGGUGAGAUCUACCAAUCAGAUCAGAGGAACUGCAAUUGUACCAAUGAACACUGGGACUCAAAUAGCAUUGUGAACUCCAUGGCUUCUACCUGGGAAAAGAUUAGAGACUUUUAUGACUGGGCAGUGGAAAAUGGAGAUAAGAGGACUGACCCCUGGUUCCUGGUUUACUCGCCUAUUCCCAUUGUUGUUACCUUCAUAAUCUAUCUUCUAAUCUGCAAAUAUGGACCAAAAUACAUGCUGAGCCGAGAGCCAUUCAACCUGAAAUAUGUACUACUUGUUUACAAUUUUGCCCUUGUUGCCAUUUCAGCUUACAUUUUUUGGGAGUUCCUGGUGACAUCAAUUCGUGCAAAUUACAGCUAUCUUUGCGAGCCUGUGGAUUACAGCGACAGUGAGCUUGGACUACGGAUGGCAAAUGUCUGCUGGUGGUUUUUCUUCUCUAAGGUCAUUGAACUGAUGGAUACAAUAUUUUUCAUUCUGAGGAAAAAGUACAAUCAGAUCACAUUUCUUCAUGUUUACCACCAUGGCACAAUGAUUUUCAACUGGUGGGCUGGAGUAAAGUAUGUACCAGGGGGCCAGUCUUUCUUCAUUGGCUUGUUGAAUUCCUUUGUUCAUAUUGUGAUGUACCUGUACUAUGGUAUUGCUGCGAUGGGACCACACAUGCAGAAGUACUUGUGGUGGAAGCGUUAUCUCACCAUGCUUCAGCUGCUCCAGUUUUUUGGAAUUGCUGUGCACACUUCCUAUAAUCUCUUCACAGACUGUGAUUUCCCAGAUGGGUUUAAUCUUUUCGUAUUCAUCUACAUCAUCACCAUCAUUAUUUUGUUCAGCAACUUCUACUAUAAAACCUAUAUACAGAAAAAGACAAAAAAAGCAUGAACUCUGAAAAGACUAUCGUUCAAUCCUUGACCUACUUGGGAGUAUCUGCAUCAAAGUCCUCACAUCAAACUUGUACAUUUUAUUUUGGGUGAUGGGAAAGGGUUUUAUAUCUUAGGAUACAUUCUUUAUAAUGGCGGAAAACCCCCUUGGUUAAGUGCUGCUGUAGUCCAUAAGUGUCAUCAGUAUUUGUGUGUGUACUUUGAAGUUCCAUCUUGCAGCUCAUAAUAAUCACCUGUGAUUUAUCACCAUUAAGUAUAUAUUUUUUUUAUUUAAAUCAAGUGUUUCAGCCAAGUUUAACAGUUCUGUAAUAUGCUGAGGUGUCUAGUUCCAUGGAAUCCAUCUGCCUCUAUUCUAUUAUGAAUUUCACUUUAAGCUGCUGAUGUUCCUCAAUGCCAGGGACUUUUCUAUAGAAGCUUGUGCAUGAAAACUUGUGUUGCUAUCCUUGCACAGCUGGCUGCACUGAUGAGAAAUGGUGGCAGUAGUGGUACCACAUUUACCUUGCAAUGGCACAGUUAAAGCUGGAGCAGUUGCGAGAGGUAGCACUGUAAGAUAAAUGUAUUUCAUUUGGCUACUACAGAAUUGUUUGGACUUUUUACAUAUCCCUUGACAACAGUAGCAGCGAAUUGCACUGCAGUAGUCAUGAGUUGUUUUCUUACUUCAUGUAUUAAGACUUCAUAAUCUUUUGAUUUGAUUCCUGUAACUUUUUUUGAACCAUGAUGUGAAGUUAUGACUCCUGCUGGUGCUCAUAGGGCAUUUGUUAUUCCAGCUAAAUUUCGCAGGGAUGCCCAUUUGCCAUCCAUCCAGUCCUCUGUGAGCAUAGGUCACUCAAAAUCUUUAUUGUCCCUCCACAAAUGCCUGUGUUAUAAAUGCGAUUUGUAAUUAGGUUCAGAUUUUGGUGAACUGUUCCCUCAUACAACUUGUUCAUAUUCAAAGGACUUUUAUGCAGAGCUCUCUCCUAAUAUACCUUGGUGAAGCAAAAUACAGCACAAAUAGGUCAGUGAUGCUGCCAGAAAUGAUUUUAUUUUUUAGAUUUGGGUUGAAUUUUUUGAGCAGGUUGAAGGAUGAUCAUAAGCCAUACUGAUAAACACUGUCACUGGAGACCUGUUUUGUUUUAAGAUGCUCCUUGAAUACCAAGCAAAUGUGCCUCUUCAAUGCAUAGGAAUGUUGCCAAAAGUUUGCCACAAUCAGAAGUGGCCCCAUUUUCCAAUUCAACAAACAUCUCGCAUGAAAGAAAAGGCUGUAUUGUAAAAGGUGGAAAAUUGGUGUUUUAAGGAAAUACAAUAUGGAUUUUGUUCAUUUAUUGUACCUAUUCAUACAAGAAAACCUAUAGAGAGUCAAUAAGUAACGUGCCAACCUGUGUUCAAUGGACCCUAGUGUAGUGAAUUCCAAUUUAUGCAAGUAUGAGCUUUUAGCACUUGUGCCCUGCACUCCUCCACCACCCCCCCCACCUCCCAAACACCCCAACUGUAAGGCUGAAGCACAAUUACAUGUUGCACUGUUUGCUGUUAUAAUACUUUUAAGGAUAUAUUUUAUUGCAUAAGUUUUUUUUAUCUUGCCUCUUUCCAUUUGAGAAGAAAUGACACUAUGGGAGAGAAUUACCAGAUUGAUCAUAAUUCCAUCCUCAAUUUAUAACCUACACCUUGAAACUAACCAGACUGAAUACUGAGAGAUAUACAUAGACAUUACACAAAUGCAUUGUUGCUGACUAGAAUGAGGGGGUUUCUUAAAUUCGGUUAACCUUUUUUUGUACCAUAUUAUGAAGGAUUAUGUGAAAGUUCUAUGACUCCUUAAAAUUGCUGAUUAAGAGUCAAGCCCUAAAAACUUAGUGAAGCUUCAUUCCAAUUGGACUCCUACUUCCAGCUAAAAAUAUAAAUGUGGUAGCUUUCCUAGUGGUUCAAUUUGAUCCCCAGCCUCUAGUCUGCUAGUUGAGCUCAACUUGGGUGUUAAUAGUGCUAGAGUUCACCCCGGUGCCCAUGAGUUAGGCACGUCAUCAAAUCAAGAAAUAGAAACUGUGCUAACAAUGUUCUGCUCUCCUUAUCUGGCAGUAUCUCCCUCUCUGACAGCUUCACAAUUAUUGCUAUGCCAUCUGAUUACUUGUUCAGGAUUAAGUCUGGGAUUGCCUAUUAUUUUUCUUCAUUUUAAUAUUGCCAAGACCACUAAGCUUUGCUGGAUGCUUGCUUAGACUUUGCAGUGCUCAAACUUGGCAUAAUGAAUUACUCUAGGUCAAGCCCCAUAUCCUAUCCCCCAGGCCUUGAUCUUGCCUCACAUUUCCUCCUCUUUCAGUCAUGGCCUGCUAUUCAUUUUGCUAUCUAUCCCCACCUACUAAAGCCUCCUGAAAUUAUUUUGUUCAUUUAUGUCUUUAGUCACCUCACCAGUUCUUCUAGUUCAUGCAUCCCCUCUUGUGAUAUUUUGCUUUACUGAUGUUGCUUUUAAAAAUUGAAGUAAUUGUGAUUUGCAACAAUGAUCAACAGAGAGCCUUGUGUGAACAUCAAGUGAAAACAGGACUAAGCCUGACUCUGCUUGCUCCCCUCCCCACUAGUUAAAUAGUAUGCCGUAACUUGAAUUUGAUGAUCAAACUUGAGUCAAGGUGAAAUUCAAGGCAACCAGUAGCUGUGGAACCAAAUCCUAAUGAACAGCCAUUUUUCUCACAAAAAGAGGGGAGCGAUGAAAAUUGGUGGAAAGAUUGUAGUCUAAUGUUUUUUUUUCUCAUUGGACUUCUGCUAACCUUUGCCUGAAGUCAAUUACUAAUGGCCCAAAAAAAGUUAUUGAUCUUCCCUACAUAACAUAGCAACAUGUGGACUGAUAAGACAUGUGGAGUAUUUAACAAAUAAGAGGUAGUAAAAGAAUUUAAAUAAGAGAAUUUAAAGCAGCCCAGUAAUUUCAAGCUAAAAUAUAAAAUAC